CUGCAGAGCUGCCGCCACUCCUGAGGUUGCCAUGGGAACAGGGCCCUGGCCCAACCCCCCAACCGAGGCUGAGCAGCUCCAGGUGCUGAUGGCUGCUGCUAAUGAGGUCAGCGAGGCGACCAACACUCUGGCUCCGGGCACCAUGGGUCUGAGCACCCGCUACAACCCUCAGUUCACCCUGCAGCACGUCCCUGAUUACCGGCAGAACGUCUACAUCCCUGGCAGCACCGCCACCCUGACCUCCAACCAGCAGCAACCCCAACAGGCCCUGCCACCUCCACAGGCCGCCAUAGCUGCUGCUGCUGCCCAACCUGAGCCGCCCAACGCUGCCCAGACGCCCGCCAGCAAGAAGAAAUCUACCAAGAAGGAGAAGAAGUAGAGAGCCAUAGGUAGAUAUGAGGUUUAGGGAGGCGACUCCAUUUCUGUGCUGUUCUGAGGUUUGCUGGAAAUCUGCAACUAUUUAGAGGAAAAAUAUUAGGGUAAAAAAAAGUGUGUCAAUGUAAACCCACUUCUAACCACUUUGUCUAUUUCACACAUGUAUUUGUUUUACUUAAGCCUAAGUACUGUAAAUUUGUUUCCUGAUUAAUUUGGACAUUUUGGAGAGAAUUUAGUUUUUCAUUCUCACGUUUGCAAAGUUUAUGCAACUUCUAAGUGACACUAUACUCCUGCGUAUAUCAAGCCAGUAAUGUAUUUACAACAGUACUUUACCGUGAACAUGUUAAACUGACAUCUGGACAAAAAGAGGAAUUGUAUUCUUGUAAUAUUCACGUUCUUGUUUAUACAAAGACACAGUGUUGCUGUGGAUGUUGUAAUGCUUGUAAAAUGCAUCAUGAUUAUUACUUUACUUUUUUGUUAUUGUUUGCUAAAAUACCACUAUGGACUUGUUUUAUUGAUCAUUUUAGGAGAAGUGUUGACGUAGAUGCAAGUCAGGUGUUUAUUGCUGCAUGCUGUUUUUUUGCGCUAUAGAUAAUCUCCAUAUCACCUGACAUCUAUGAACACCCAUCUACAACUUUCUCACGGAGGAGGAGUUGGGCAGUUAAACCAUCCGCUUUUAUGAUGAUUUGAAUUUGCUUUUCAAGAAUGGAUCCCCCUGUGUAUCACUGAGCCAGAGUUUGGUUGUUGUUGAUUUUUUGUGUUAACUGAAUGUUUAUGGAGCAUUAGUGAUGGCCAAGCCAUAAUGGGGGCAUUGUGAAACCAGUUACAAGUUCACAAGUGCCCGCAGUGGCAUAUCGCCCUUAGUAUUCAGUAUUUCCAGGUUAUCCUGAAGUGUUGAAGCUCUUUAUCAGUGCUGGUUGUAAUUAGAUGGGUUACUUUAAGUGAGUAUCUGUAGUUUUGAUGGUGACAAAACCUCCUGACUUUGUGAGUUGCUGAUCUAGGCAGCAGUUUCCUAAUGCUAAGGCUGUUCUUUCUUUUGACCAUGUGCAACAAGCUCAAUGGAAUAUGAAUACAGUUAAAAUUCAAUACCAGUUAGGAUUGAUGCUGUUUUAGGAGACAACUUGCAAUCAUUGAAUGUACAACAAGCACGCUAACUGUCGUUAAUGAGUUAGUUAUUAGAACUUUGGAAAGCUGGUUUUGGAAAAUACUUGUAAUGCAAAGAUUCUGUCCAAAUGCUGGUACCGGUUCACUUUGCUUCUGAAUACAGCAGUUCUCGUACCAUUGGCAUGAUGUUACUUUGUAAAUAGAAAUUUGUCCUUAAAAACACAUGAAACCUUUUCAGAUAAUCAGCUCAAGAGGAAUGGCUUACUACUGGAAUGUCCUUUUAUUUUACAGGGAAAAAAUAUAAAAAUGGAGA